UACCAAAACUCAGCCGCGCCUCCGAUCUCUCUCUCCUUUUUUUCUCUCCCUUAUUAUUAAAAGAGAUUUCAUCGUCUUCUCUACAUUUCAGCCACAACUGCUUCUCUCUACAGUUAACCGACCCCGAUCUCGCUGCUCUGGCGAGCAUCCGGCGAUCAGAUCUUUCCAAAUCCGAGAAAACAUCCGUUGGUUUCUUACGUCUGAAGUUUAUGUUUCCGAAUCUCGGCGACUUCGCCGGCGCCGGAAUCUUGAAGAAUCCGUCAGUGUUGUUGCGGCAAAGUCUGUGUUGUUUGAGGUUUUUGGUUUGAAACUCUAAGCCUAGGGUUUCAAACUACGAGGUUUUCGAGUUCUUUGAGAUUUUAUAUCUGCUGUUGAUUCUUUUUGGCCUUUUUGAGUGGUAAUCAUGCCGCGAAGUUCACGACACAAAUCGCACAAGCAGAGCAAGCACAGUUCGAGAGACGUGAGAGAGCGGUCGGACUCGGAGGAAGAUGUAAAGACGAAGAACGGGAGAGAGGAGGGUUCAGUUAGGGUUUCAAAGGAUUCGUCUUCUGGUGAGAAGAGAAAGCUCGCUUCGCAGUUGAGGGACGGCAAAGAUCUGUCUGGUCACGGCAAUGGUGAUGCGUCGGAGGAGUAUGUCUCUUCUAAGAGACGAAAGGAUAGGGUUGACGUGGCCGGCAGUGACAGGUGGGACGGAGGUGAUGAGCGGGCCGAUGGUUCUGCGGUGGAUAAGGGCAUGAAGAGGGAGAGUUCACGGAUGGAUUCGGAGAAAGGUUCCAAAUCGAAGGUUUCAAUUGAUUCCAAAAGUAAAAGUAGUAGAAGGCAUGAGAGUGAGAGAAAGGAGGACAAUGUGGGUUUGGUAGCUGAGAAAGAGGAGAGUAAGAGUGGUAAGGUUGAAGCAAAGAGGAAGGGGGAGAAGGAUUCAAGUCAGAAGGAGGCGAGUCAGUACAAGGAUGCGAAAGAGAAGGAGAAGGAGCGUGGCUCGGAGAAGGAUAGGAAGGUUCAGGAUAGCAAGCGUGAUUCAGAGACAAGGGUGCGGGAUAGCGAAGUGAAAAGGAAGCGAGAAUCUGAAUCGGUGGAUGUUGGGGUGGAGCGACCAGUGAAAAAGGGAACGGAAAAUACUGAGUGGCCUUUACAAGAUGAGCUGCGAAAUCCUGAGUUAGAGAAAGAACUUGAGAAACGGAUUCGAAGAAGGGAUGGCUCUAGUGACAAGGAUAAAUAUCAGGAUUUAAGAGAAAGUGAUGAUAGGCGAAUGUCUUCAAGGGGUGAGCAUGCCAAGGAUGUAAGAUACAAGGAUGAAAGGCUCAAGGAUGGGAGUUAUGGAGAUAAAUACCGGGAAGAUGUUGACAGGGAAAAUAGACACAGGGAUGGCAAGCAAAGAGAAGAUGCUGACAAGGACAAGAGACAUCGGGAUGAGAAGUACAGAGAUGAAUACACCUCAAGAGAUCGCACAACUGAUAAGUCUGAUACUAAGCGCUUGAGGGAUGAAAAUCAUGCUGCAGAAAUUCGUCGUAGGAAAUCAAGAACUCAAAGUAAUAAUCAUGAUGGUAGUCCAAUAUAUGAUGAUAGAAGUACCAGAUACAAAGAUGAUAAGGGGAAAAGAAGAUCUGAUGAUAAAGAGGAUCAUAGUGAUAUGAGACCCCGAAGCACCAAGGAGCAACGCACUGAUGUGGAGAAGAAAUCAACAAGUGGUGCUAAAAUAGACUCAGGGACUGAUAGGGGAAGGUCUCAUUCACGCCAUGGUGAUGUGGACUCUACUUUCGGCCACAACAGGAGGAGGAGUUCUCCCAGCUCCAGCUCUCAUGUUGCUAAAGAACAAUAUAGACAUUUAAAGCAUGAAGAAUCAAGGUACCAGGACUCAGUGCCUGAAGAAAGAGUACGGCAUUCUGGAGCACCAGAAAAAGUUUCUGUGUCUCGUUCCAUGGAGAAAGCCAUUCAAAAGGAUGACAGUCGUGUGUUAUCAGCUGAAAGACGUCCAAAUUCAGAUGCCCAGACUUCACCCUUGCAGAUGACGGAGAAAUCCCCAUCAUCAACUAGUAUUGACCGAAGACGUGUGAAUAGAGCAGAUGUUAGGCAGAGUCUUGACGUUGAAGAAUCAGGACCAAGCAGUGGGUCCAAGGAUGCAAAGGAUUAUUCUGGUGUCGAAGGCAAAGCAAGUGGCCAGUUCCCUAUGGAGACACUUUUAGGAGAUGAUCUUCCCCAAGCAGAUGGAGACAAUUUCUCUGUUUCUUCUCCUUAUGCCAAAAGUAUUCACUUGCCUGGCAAUUCCAAGAGUCUUCCUCCACCUCCCUUCAGAACUGGAGUUGACAGCUCUGCUGGCCCUUUGGAAGAAGAUAGAAGUAAGUCUAAUAAUCGUUAUAAGCGUGCUGGUGACACUAACAUGGGAAGAAUGCAAGUUAAUUCUUGGAAAGGUGUUCCAAACUGGCCUUCCCCAGUAGCUAAUGGAUUUAUUCCUUUCCAACACGGUCCACAUCCUGUUGGUUUCCAUCCCAUGAUGCAGCAGUUUCCAGCUCCACCUAUGUUUGGUGUUAGACCUUCAAUGGAAUUAAACCAUGCUGGGGUUCCUUACCAUAUUGCUGAUGCUGAUAGGUUUCCUAGCCAUGGGCGUCCAUUUGGGUGGAGAAAUCCAGUGGAUGACUCUUGCCCUCCUUCCUUACAUGGGUGGGAUCCAAGUAAUGGUAUCUAUGGGGAUGAAUCCCACAUGUAUGGGAGACUAGAUUGGGACCAUAAUAGAAACUUGGCAAGUGGUCGUGGGUGGGAGACCAGUGGAGACAUGUGGAAGGGGCAAAAUGAUGGUGUGAGCAUGGAGUUGCCUUCUGCCCCCCAUAAAGAUGAUAAUUCCAUGCGUACACCAGCAGAUGACGCUUGGGCUGGUCGGUCUGGUCAGCAGCAAUUUGGGUAUGAACAGAACCAACCUGAUCUUCAGGUGGCAAACAUUGAAACUAUUCAGUUGAACACUAUCAAAGAAAAGGAGAGAUCUAAAGCUCCAGAAACCAUCCCUGAGAAAAAACCCAAUAAUCCCGAGACAUCAAAAGACAACCACCAUCUUUGGCAUGUUUAUCUUUCAAAGCUUGAUGUGUCAGCAGAUCUUACUUAUCCUGAAUUAUAUAAUCAGUGCACGAGCUUGAUGGACAAAGAACAAAGCAAGGCUGUUGAUGAAGAUGCUUCCAAGGUUUUAUAUGCAGAGGAGGUUAUUGAAGCGAAAAUAAAGAUUUCGAAUGGAAAGUCAAGCACUUCACUUUUUGCUGCCAUAAAUGAUUCUGUUUUUCAGAGAGCCAUGUCUCUUUACAAGAAGCAGAGAGAAGAGACGAGAACUAUCCUUCUACCCUCAGUGCCAAAUGGAGAUGAAAUUCCAUCUACUAAUGCAGAGGACACUAAGUACAUUCCUACCUCGGAUCAGGACAAGGUGGUGAUGCCAAUCCCAUCUCCAGAGGAAGAUAAGCUAGUGGUGCAGGUUUCAACUUGUGACCAGCAACAGGUAGAGGUUAUAGCAAGCUCUGAUCAGGAGAAAGUGGAGAUGUCGAUUCCCUCUCAGAAGCUUGAAGUGCCCCUUGAAUCCCCUAAUGAAAAGGUGAACGAACCAGUUGCAGCAGCUGACAGUCUGGAGAUGCUAGAGGAGCCAGUUCCCUCUCCAGACAAGGUGAAAAUGGAGGUGGAUCCUGAGAUAUUUGAUGAGACUCUUCCAACUUCAGCUCCAAUCACCUCAAAAAUGGAGGUAGACCCAGAAAUCAAUCAGGAAACAUCCAAGGGUCCAGUUGAAAACCAAGCUGCUACUGACACGGUGGAUACCAUUGACGAGAAGUUAGUUGACACCAAGUCUGAUCCCUUGUUUUUUUCAGAUAGGCCUUCUGAGGGUUGUGAGUCAGUGAUGCCGGAGUUGAUUGAGUCUGGUUCAGUAAAUUUAAGCCGGAUACAUCAUUCUCCUGAAAGUACACAUUGAGACAAUUUUUAUUUCCAUGAGCCUUUUUAACUGCCUUUCUUAUUUGAAAAUCUUGCCUUCUUUAUCAUAUUAACUUGUCUUUUGCUCUU